UAAGUUGACCCAAUCUGUCAAACAUUUUUCACACAUAUCAUCAUCAUGUUAAAUUUUCUUCAUCUAAUAGUCACACUCACACCAAAUGAUUCCCUACCAAACAAGAAAAAAGAACAAUCGUCAAGUAAUCUGACAAGGGGCAUUACUUGUAAAUUGUAACUCUCUACAUACUCGUAACGACCGGACGAUUCGUGUCCCUUUAGAGUUUUUGAUGAUCCUCUCUCUCUCUCUCUCUCUUGUGUUCACUCUUCCCCUCAACCUUUGGAUUCUCCUCGCGACUUCUCUCUUUUGGAUUCGCCGUUGGAGACUUUAAGAACAGCUCUGCCAUUUCAUUUCUAUAGUUGCAAAAGAGGAUGAGUACAGAUCUUGUUAGAGAAGAUGAUGUUGAGGAGAAUCCUUCUUCUGUCUCUUCGAGAAUGGACCUAAAACGGAUUCAUCAGUGGCUGACACAAGAAGAGUCCUCCGGUUCAGAACUAUUCAGUAAUAAGAGACAAGUGGUUGAGACUGAUAGUGGUUCCCGGACGAGUUUCUUAACUCCUCCUCUUAUGUCUGCUUGGGACAGCUCACUUGUGCCUAACUGCUUAUUCGAUCCUGCUAAUCCACAGCAUACAUCACAUCUCCUUGGUAGAUAUAUCUCUCCUGUAGACCAGGAGGUGCUUCAUGGUAGCUCAUUUAAUCUUGACACCAUUAGAAAGGUCACAGUCAAUAAUCAAGUGUGUGAAUCUCAAAACAUGCCCCAAUCCAUGCUUCAGUUUUAUGAUAGCACCCCCUCUUUUGGCCAAACCUGCAGCAGUAUUGACAAGAGCUUCACCUUGCCAGGGCCAAACUUGAGUUAUGAUAAAGGAGAUGAAAAUGUCUUCUCAACAUUCCAUCCAUUUGGGAAAGGAGUAGAAAGCUUUGCGUUGAUGGGUCAGUCUCUUCAAAAGGCUGAUUAUAACAUCUUCUCUUAUAACAAGGGACAUGAGAACGUCAUGUCUAAUGCCAAUGUUGUGUUCUCACAAGGCUGUGAGAUGGCAUUUAUGGUUCCUAGCCAAGAAAAAGCAGACAAGAACAGUGAUCAAACUAGUCAAGAGGUUAGAAGACAGACCAUAUCUUUUGGAAAUUAUCAGAAAGAAACCACAAUGGUGUCUCCAGUUCCUGUUAUUACCAGUUUUGAGAACUUCAGCCAUUCUCCUGCAGAGGACAACAUGUCUUCUCAAUAUCCUCCUUACGCCAGUACCUCUAGAGUUGAUACAUUGCUCGCCCCCAAAAGUAAAGACUCAAAGACAGCUAAGAAGGGUUCCACCACAAACACAUUUCCUUCAAAUGUAAAGUCCUUGUUGUCAACAGGAAUGUUUGAUGGGGUUACUGUCAAGUACUACUCCUGGUCACGCGAGAAAAAUCUCAAAGGAGUUAUAAAGGGGACUGGGUAUCUAUGUGGCUGCAGCGACUGUAACCUUAAUAAAGUUCUUAAUGCAUAUGAGUUCGAGCAGCAUGCUAACUGCAAGACGAAGCAUCCAAACAAUCACAUAUACUUUGAGAAUGGAAAGACCAUUUAUGGAGUUGUUCAAGAGCUGAAGAAUACGCCUCAGGAGAAGCUGUUCGAUGCUAUUCAAAACGUAACGGGAUCUGAUAUCAACCGUAAAAAUUUCAACACCUGGAAAGCAUCGUAUCACGUCGCUAGCCUUGAACUUCAGCGCAUCUAUGGGAAGGAUGCUGUAGUCACUUUGGCAUAGAAGUUAUCAACUGGGAGGCCUUUUUGUUGUAAGAGUAAUCAGUUCUUGUUCUCUGUAACUAUGGCUUUUAAUUAUAAAUCAGAACCUUGAAAUGCUGCUAUGAUGCCUUGUCUGGUGAGUCUAGUUCUUGGCAACUUAAUACAGCGCAUUGCUUGCUCUAGUUCUGGCCAAUUGUACUAUUAAUACUAUCAAAAAUGUUCUUCCUAUUUUUUUUUAUUAAUAGGAGUUUUAGGUAUCA